AUGGCAGAGAAGUGCGAUUACAUUGCUAAUAUGUAUGGUUAUGACCUCGGUUGCCGUUUCAUCAACUUCAGACCAUUGGGCUUCGGUGUAAACGGGCUUGUCUUGUCCGCAGUUGACAGCAAAAGCUGCCGGAAAGUGGCUGUGAAGAAGAUUGCUAUCAAUGAUGCGCAGAGCAUGAAGCACGCUUUCCGCGAGAUCAAGAUAAUCCGCCGGCUGGACCAUGACAAUAUUGUGAAGGUCUACGAAGUGUUGGGUCCUAAAGGAGUGGACCUUCAAGGGGACUUAUUCAAGUUCAAUAUGGUGUAUGUUGUCCAGGAGUAUAUGGAGACAGACUUGGCACGACUGUUGGAGCAGGGACCACUCUCAGAAGAACAUGCUAAGCUCUUCAUGUACCAGUUGCUCAGAGGUUUGAAGUACAUCCACUCGGCCAAUGUGUUGCACCGGGACUUAAAACCAGCCAACAUUUUCAUCAAUACAGAGGACUUGGUGUUGAAGAUUGGAGACUUUGGACUGGCAAGAGUUGUGGACCAACAUUACUCUCACAAGGGUUACCUGUCGGAAGGCUUAGUGACAAAAUGGUAUCGAUCUCCUCGUUUGCUCCUCUCGCCUAACAACUAUACCAAAGCCAUUGACAUGUGGGCGGCUGGAUGCGUUCUUGCCGAGAUGCUAACAGGGAAAAUGCUCUUUGCCGGAAGCCACGAGUUGGAACAAAUGCAGCUUAUUCUGGAGACAAUCCCAGUUUUCCACGAAGAGGAUAAGGAGGAGCUGCUCAAAGUGAUGCCGACGUUUGUCAACAGCACCUGGGAAGUGAAGAAACCUUUACGGAAAUUGCUUCCUGAAGUUAACAGCAAAGCCAUUGAUUUUCUAGAGAAGAUAUUGACAUUCAAUCCCAUGGACCGGCUGACCGCAGACAUGGGCCUACAGCAUCCUUAUAUGAGUCCGUAUUACUGUCCUGAGGAUGAGCCUGUUUCACAGCAUCCUUUCCGGAUCGAGGAUGAAAUCGAUGAUAUUUUGCUAAUGGAAGCCACCCAAAGCCAGAUGUCCAACUGGGACAGGUAUCAAGUGAGCUUGUCUUCUGAUUUGGAAUGGCGACAGGAGAAGUGCCAUGAGGUAGACGAAGUGCAGCGGGACCCUCGAGCAGGAUCGGAAUCCAUUGCUGAGGAAGCUCAAGUGGAUCCUCGCAAAUAUUCCCAGAGCAGCUCAGAGAGGUUCCUGGAGCAGUCUCAUUCUUCAAUGGACCGAGCGUUUGAGGGGGAUUAUGGGCAUUCGUGUGAUUAUAAAGUGGGGUCUCCUUCCUACUUAGACAAGCUGCUGUGGAGAGACAAUAAACUCCACCAUUAUUCAGAGCCCAAGCUCAUCUUAGACUUGUCUCAUUGGAAAAGAGCAUCUAUUGCACCCACCGCGGAGUUAGCACUGGAAGAGGAACCAUCCAACCUUUUCCUGGAGAUUGCACAAUGGGUGACGAGCACCCAAACAGGACUCGAAUGCCCCAACCCGCUUCCAGAGAUUCAAGAACGGAGCCUGCCAUCUUCUCCUCAACAUCUCCACAAAGAACCCAAGGAGGUCAACAGUGAGAGCGACCCUCAGUUUGACUUGGAUGUCUUCAUUUCCAGGGCAUUAAAACUUUGCACAAAACCAGAGGAUCUGCCGGACAACAAGAUGAAAGAUAUCAACGGUGCUUGCAUAGCAGAACACCCUAAAGAGAUUGUACAGACAGAAGUGUAUCAUAAAGAGAGGUGGUAG